UUGUUUGAUUCAUUCGUUAAUAGGAAGAAAUGGCUGUCCCUUUGCUAUCGAAGAAGAUUGUGAAGAAGCGUGUUAAGAAGUUCAAGAGGCCUCAGAGUGACCGCAAGAUCUCUGUCAAGACAAACUGGCGAAGGCCUAAGGGUAUUGACUCCCGUGUUAGGAGGAAGUUUAAGGGAUGCACUUUGAUGCCUAACAUCGGUUAUGGCUCAGACAAGAAGACUCGCCACUAUCUUCCCAACGGGUUUAAGAAAUUUGUUGUGCACAAUGUCCAAGAGCUGGAGCUUCUGAUGAUGCACAACAGGACAUACUGUGCUGAGAUAGCCCAUGAUGUUUCAACAAAGAAGAGGAAGGAAAUCGUCGAACGAGCAGCUCAGUUGGAUGUUGUUGUUACCAACAAAUUGGCUAGGUUGCGCAGCCAGGAGGACGAGUGAGUAUUAAUUUUGCUCUCUUUCGUAU